AUGGACAGUCAGAAGCCGUCUGGUGAAGACAAAGAUUCAGAACCAGCAGCUGAUGGACCAGCAGCCUCUGAGGAGUCAGGUGCCGCUGAGCCAGACCUUCCCAAACCACAUGUGGGGGAGGUCUCUGUCCCCAGUUCUGGAGUUCCCAGGCUUCCGGAUCCUGCCCAGGACUGCAGUGGAGGGCCAGUGCGGCGUUGUGCUCUCUGUAACUGCGGGGAGCCCAGUCUGCAUGGGCAGCGGGAGCUACGGCGCUUUGAGUUGCCAUUUGACUGGCCUCGGUGUCCAGUGGUUUCUUCUGGUGGGGACUCAGGGCCCAAUGAACCAGCGUUAUCCAGUGAAGACCUAUCACAGAUUGGUUUCCCUGAGGGCCUGACACCAGCUCAUCUAGGUGAACCCGGAGGACCCUGCUGGGCUCACCAUUGGUGUGCUGCGUGGUCAGCAGGUGUCUGUGGGCAGGAGGGCCCAGAAUUAUGUGGUGUGGACAAGGCCAUCUUCUCAGGGAUCUCACAGCGCUGUUCCCACUGCACCCGGCUUGGUGCCUCCAUCCCUUGCCGCUCACCUGGAUGUCCACGGCUUUACCACUUUCCCUGCGCAACUGCCAGUGGUUCCUUCUUAUCCAUGAAGACACUGCAGCUGCUAUGCCCAGAGCACAGUGAGGGGGCCGCGCAUCUGGAGGAAGCUCGUUGUGCAGUAUGUGAGGGGCCAGGGGAGUUGUGUGACCUCUUCUUCUGUACCAGCUGUGGGCAUCACUAUCAUGGGGCCUGCUUGGAUACUGCUCUGACUGCCCGUAAGCGUGCUGGCUGGCAGUGCCCUGAAUGCAAAGUGUGCCAAGCCUGCAGGAAACCUGGGAAUGACUCUAAGAUGUUGGUCUGUGAGACAUGUGACAAAGGAUACCAUACCUUCUGCCUAAAACCACCCAUGGAGGAAUUGCCAGCUCACUCUUGGAAGUGUAAGGCAUGCCGGGUAUGUCGAGUCUGUGGGGCAGGCUCAGCAGAGCUAAAUCCCAACUCCGAAUGGUUUGAGAACUACUCACUCUGUCACCGCUGUCACAAAGCCCAGGGAGGUCAGCCUAUUGGUCCUACUGCUGAGCAGCAUCCUCUUGUCUGUAGCAGAUUCUCACCUCCAGAGCCUGGUGAUACCCCCACUGAUGAAUGCAGUGCUCUGUACAUUGCAUGCCAAGGGCAGCCAAAGGGUGGGCAUGUGACCUCUAUGCAAUCCAAGGAACCGGGGCUCCUGCAAUGUGAAGCCAAACCACUAGGGAGAACAGGGGCCCAACUUGAGCCCCGGUUGGAGGCCCCCCUUAAUGAGGAGAUGCCACUGCUGCCCCUACCAGAGGAGUCACCCCUGUCCCCUCCACCUGAAGAAUUACCCACGUCCCCACCGCCUGAGGCAUCGCGCCUGUCCCCACCGCCUGAGGAAUCACCCCUCUCUCCACCGCCUGAGGAAUCUCCCCUACCUGAAUCGUCAUCCUUUUCUCCACUUGAGGAGUCACCCUUCUCUCCACCAGAAGAGUCUCCUCCAUCACCCCCAGUUGAGACACCCUUGUCCCCACCACCUGAAACAGCACCCCAACCAUUUGAGGAGUCUCCUCUGUCUCCCCCACCUGAAGAAUUGCCCACUUCCCCACCUCCUGAAGCGUCUCGCCUGUCUCCACCACCUGAGGAAUCACCUAUGUCUCCUCCACCUGAAGAGUCACCCAUGUCUCCACCACCUGAGGCAUCUCGUCUGUUCCCACCAUUUGAAGAAUCUCCUCUUUCUCCUCCACCUGAAGAGUCUCCUCUCUCCCCACCACCUGAGGCAUCACGUUUGUCCCCACCACCUGAGGACUCACCCAUGUCCCCACCCCUUGAAGACUCCCCUAUGUCACCCCCACCUGAGGUGUCACGCUUGUGCCCCCUGCCUGAGGUGUCACGCUUAUCUCCACCACCUGAGGAGUCUCCCCUGUCCCCUCCACCUGAGGAGUCUCCCACAUCCCCUCCACCUGAGGCUUCUCGUCUGUCCCCACCACCUGAAGAUUCACCCAUGUCCUUGCCACCUGAAGACUCACCUGCUUCCCCACCACCAGAGGGCUUGCUCACGUCCCUACCACGGGAAGAAUCACACCAGUCACCACUGCCUGAGGAGCCACGUAUCUGCCUCCGGCCUGAGGAGCCAAAGUUCUGUCCUCGGCCUGAAGAGCUGCAGUUCUGUCAUCGGCCUGAACCUCACCUGUCCCCUGCACCUGAAGAAUUUCACCUGUCCUCUGCACCUGAGGAGCCACACCUGUCCCCUCGGACUGAGGAGCCUCGCCUGUCCCCCCGGCCUGAAGGGCCUCACCUGUCCCCCCGGCCUGAGGAGCCUCACUUGUCCUCCCGGCCUGAGGAGCACCCCCUGUCCCCCCAGCCUGAAGGGCCUUGCCUGUCCCCCCAGCCUGAGGGGCCCUGUCUUUCCCCACGGCCUGAGGGGCCUCUACUGUCCCCUCGGCCUGAGGAGCCUCACCUGUCUCCCCGGUCUGAGGAGCCUCACCUGUCCCCUGUACCAGAGGAGUUGUGCCUAUCCUCUGUACGUGAAGAGCCACACAUAUCCCCUCAACCUGAAGAACCUCCUGAGGAACCAGGCUUGUGUCCUACACCUCAGGAGUUGCCCUUAUUACCCCUGUCUGGGGAACCACCCUUGUCUACUCUGCUUGGGGAGUCAGCCCUACCUGAGCCUGAGGAACCACCUCUAUCGCCUCUGCCUGAAGGUCUACCCAUGUCUCCAUCUCGGGAGCCAUCCCUGUCACCUCAGCAGAUGCCACCAGAACCUCUUCCUCCUCCACUCUCACCCAUUAUCACGGCUGUGGCCCCACCAGCCCUGUCUCCUUUGGGGGAGUUAGAGUACCCCUUUGGAGCCAAAGGGGACAGUAACCCUGAGUCACCAUUGGCUGCCCCUAUCCUAGAGACACCCAUAAGCCCUCCACCAGAAGCAAAUUGCACUGACCCUGAACCUGUACCCCCGAUGAUCCUUCCUCCAUCUCCAGGCUCCCCAGUGAGAUCAGCCUCCCACAUCCUAAUGGAGCCCCUUCCUCCUCAGUGUUCUCCACGCCUUCAGCAUUCUCAGCCUCCCUGCAGUUCUCCUCCUUCGCACUGUUCCCCUCCUGCUCUGCCACUGUCCAUCCCCUCCCCGCUGAGUCCCAUGGAAAAGACAAUGGAUGUCUCAGCUGAGGUUGAGCCACAGGAGAUGGAGACUGAGAAAAACCUGGAACCUGAGUGCCCAGCUUUGGAGCCCAGUCCUACCAGCCCUCUCCCUUCCCCUAUGGAGGACCUGUCCUGCCCGGCUCCCAGCCCUGCCCCAGCGCUGGAUGACUUCUCUGGCCUGGGGGAAGACACAGCUCCUCUCGAUGGGACUGACACUCCUGGUUCACAUCCAGAAGCUGGACAGACCCCUGGCAGUUCAACAGCUUGUGAACUUAAGGGUUCCCCUGUGCUCCUAGACCCCGAGGAGCUGACUCCUGUGACCCCUAUGGAGGUCUAUGGUCCAGAAUGCAAGCAGGCCGGGCAGAGCUCACCUUGUGAGAUGCAGGAGGAGCCACGUGCUCCAGUGGCACCUACCCCACCUGCUCUCAUCAAAUCUGACAUUGUCAAUGAGAUCUCCAAUCUGAGUCAGGGUGAUGCCAGUGCUAGUUUUCCUGGCUCAGAGCCGCUGCUGGGUUCACCUGAUCCUGAGGGGGGUGGCUCCCUGUCUAUGGAGCUGGGAGUAUCUACAGAUGUUAGCCCAGCCCGAGAUGAGGGUUCCUUGCGGCUGUGUACUGACUCACUGCCAGAGACUGAUGACUCGCUAUUGUGUGAAGCUGGGACAACUGUCAGCGGAGGCAAGGCCGAGGGGGACAAGGGCAGGCGACGCAGUUCUCCUGCCCGUUCUCGCAUUAAGCAGGGACGCAGCAGUAGUUUCCCAGGAAGACGUCGGCCUCGUGGAGGAGCACAUGGAGGACGUGGGAGAGGACGUGCCCGACUAAAGUCAACUACUUCUUCCAUUGAGACUCUGGUAGUUGCUGAUAUCGAUAGUUCUCCCAGCAAGGAGGAAGAAGAAGAAGAUGAUGACACCAUGCAAAAUACUGUGGUUCUCUUCUCCAACACAGACAAAUUUGUCUUAAUGCAGGACAUGUGUGUGGUGUGUGGCAGCUUUGGCCGGGGAGCAGAGGGCCACCUUCUUGCCUGCUCCCAGUGCUCUCAGUGCUAUCACCCUUACUGUGUUAACAGCAAGAUCACCAAAGUGAUGCUGCUGAAGGGCUGGCGGUGUGUGGAGUGCAUUGUUUGUGAGGUGUGUGGCCAGGCCUCCGACCCUUCACGCCUGUUGCUCUGUGAUGACUGUGACAUUAGCUACCAUACGUACUGUCUGGAACCCCCACUCCUCACCGUGCCAAAAGGUGGCUGGAAGUGCAAGUGGUGUGUCUCUUGUAUGCAGUGUGGAGCAGCUUCCCCUGGCUUCCACUGUGAAUGGCAGAAUAGUUAUACACACUGCGGGCCUUGUGCUAGCUUGGUGACCUGCCCUGUCUGUCAUGCACCGUACGUGGAAGAGGACCUCCUAAUCCAGUGCCGACACUGUGAACGGUGGAUGCACGCUGGAUGUGAGAGCCUCUUCACAGAGGAAGAAGUUGAGCAGGCUGCAGAUGAGGGCUUUGACUGUGUCUCAUGUCAGCCUUAUGUGAUAAAGCCUGCGGCACCUGUUGCACCCCCAGAGUUGGUGCCCAUGAAAGUGAAAGAGCCAGAGCCCCAGUACUUUCGCUUUGAGGGUGUGUGGCUGACAGAAACUGGCAUGGCUGUUCUGCGCAACCUGACGUUGUCACCUCUGCACAAGCGGCGCCAGCGGCGUGGGCGGCCCGGACUCCCAGGGGAGGCAGGCCUGGAAGGUUCCGAGCCCUCAGAUACCCUUGGCCCUGAGGACAAGAAGGAUGGGGACCUGGACACUGACGAACUUAUCAAGGGUGAAGGUGGUGUAGAGCAUAUGGAGUGUGAGAUUAAACUGGAGGGUCCUGUCAGCCCUGAUGUGGAGCCUGGCAAAGAGGAGACUGAGGAAAGCAAAAAACGCAAGCGCAAACCAUAUCGACCUGGCAUUGGAGGCUUCAUGGUGCGACAGAGGAAAUCCCACACACGUGUGAAAAAGGGGCCUGCAGCACAGGCCGAGGUGUUGAGUGGUGAUGGGCAGCCCGAUGAGGUGAUGCCUGCUGAACUACCUGCAGAGAGCUCCAUGGAGCAGAGCUUAGUUGAUGGGGAUGAGAAGAAGAAGCAGCAGCGGCGAGGGCGCAAGAAGAGCAAGCUAGAGGACAUGUUCCCUGCCUACCUGCAGGAAGCCUUUUUUGGGAAGGAGCUGCUAGACCUGAGUCGUAAGACCCUUUUUGCAGUUGGGGUGAACCGGCCAAGCCUUGGAAUAGGAACCCCAAAAGCCAAAGGAGAUGGAGGCACAGAAAGGAAGGAGCCACCUACUUUACAGAAAGGAGAUGAUGGUCCAGAUGUUGCAGAUGAAGAGUCACGUGGCAUCGAGGGCAAGGCUGAUACACCAGGACCUGAGGAUGGGGGCGUAAAGGCAUCCCCAGUGCCCAGUGAUCCCGAGAAGCCAGGCACCCCGGGUGAAGGGAUGCUUAGCUCUGACUUAGACAGGAUUUCCACAGAAGAGUUGCCGAAGAUGGAAUCGAAGGACCUACAGCAGCUGUUCAAGGAUGUUCUAGGUUCGGAACGAGAGCAGCAUCUGGGUUGUGGAACUCCUGGCCUAGAUGGCAGCCGUACACCACUGCAGAGGCCCUUUGUCCAAAGUGGACUUCCUUUGGGCAAUCUUCCUUCUAACAGCCCAAUGGACUCCUAUCCUGGCCUCUGCCAGUCCCCGUUCCUGGAUAGUAGGGAGCGCGGGGGCUUCUUCAGCCCGGAACCCGGCGAGCCAGACAGCCCAUGGACAGGCUCAGGAGGCACUACGCCCUCCACCCCCACCACCCCCACCACAGAGGGAGAAGGCGAUGGACUCUCCUAUAACCAGCGGAGUCUUCAGCGCUGGGAGAAGGAUGAGGAGUUGGGCCAGCUCUCUACCAUCUCACCUGUGCUCUAUGCCAACAUUAACUUUCCCAAUCUUAAGCAAGAUUACCCAGAUUGGUCUAGCCGAUGCAAACAAAUCAUGAAACUCUGGAGAAAGGUUCCAGCUGCUGACAAAGCUCCCUACCUGCAAAAGGCCAAAGAUAAUCGGGCAGCUCACCGCAUUAAUAAGGUGCAAAAGCAGGCUGAGAGCCAGAUCAACAAGCAGACCAAGGUGGGCGACAUAGCCCGUAAGACUGACCGACCGGCCCUACAUCUCCGCAUUCCCCCCCAGCCAGGGGCACUGGGCAGUCCGCCCCCUGCUGCUGCCCCCACCAUUUUCAUUGGCAGUCCCACUACCCCCGCCGGCUUGUCUACCUCUGCGGACGGGUUCCUGAAGCCACCGGCAGGCACGGUGCCCGGCCCCGACUCGCCCGGUGAGCUCUUCCUCAAGCUCCCACCCCAGGUGCCCGCCCAAGUGCCUUCGCAGGACCCCUUUGGACUGGCCCCCGCCUACGCCCUGGAGCCCCGCUUCCCCACGGCACCACCUGCCUAUUCCCCUUAUCCUAGCCCAACUGGGGCCCCUGCACAGCCCCCAACGAUGGGCACAUCGUCUCGUCCUGGGACUGGUCAGCCAGGAGAAUUCCACAUGACCCCACCUGGCACUCCCCGACACCAGCCUUCCACCCCUGACCCCUUCCUCAAACCCCGCUGCCCAUCAUUGGACAACCUGGCUGUGCCUGAGAGCCCAGGGGUAGGGGGAGGCAAGACUUCUGAGCCUCUUCUCUCUCCCCCACCUUUUGGGGAGUCCCGGAAGGCACUAGAGGUGAAGAAGGAAGAGCUGGGGGCAGCCUCUCCUAGCUAUGGACCGCCAAACUUGGGUUUUGUUGAUUCACCCUCCUCAGGCCCCCACCUAGGUGGUCUAGAAUUAAAGGCACCUGAUGUCUUCAAAGCCCCUCUCACCCCUCGGGCAUCUCAGGUAGAGCCCCAGAGCCCGGGUUUGGGACUACGGUCCCAGGAGCUUCCUCCUGCCCAGGCUUUGGCCCCUUCUCCCCCUAGCCACUCGGACAUCUUUCGUCCUGGCCCUUAUCCUGACCCCUAUGCCCAGCCCCCACUGACUCCUCGGCCCCAGCCCCCACCCUCUGAGAGCUGCUGUGCCCUGCCCCCUCGCUCACUGCCCUCUGAUCCUUUCUCCCGAGUCCCUGCCAGUCCUCAGUCCCAGUCCAGCUCCCAGUCUCCGUUGACACCCCGUCCUCUAUCUGCUGAGGCUUUCUGCCCAUCUCCCGUUACCCCUCGCUUUCAGUCUCCUGACCCUUACUCUCGCCCACCCUCACGUCCUCAGUCCCGUGACCCAUUUGCCCCAUUGCAUAAGCCACCCCGACCCCAGCCCCCUGAAGUUGCCUUCAAGGGUGGGCCUCUAGCUCACACUCCGCUAGGGUCUGGGAGCUUUCCAGCAGCCCUGCCCUCAGGCCCAGCAGGUGAGCUCCAUGCCAAGGUUCCAAGUGGACAGCCCCCUAAUUUUGCCCGGUCCCCUGGGACAGGUGCAUUUGUGGGCACUCCCUCUUCUAUGCGUUUCACCUUCCCUCAGGCGGUAGGGGAGCCUGUCCUAAAGCCCCCUGCUCCUCAGCCUGUUCUCCCCCAACCCCAUGGGAUCAAUAGCCAUUUGGGGCCUGGUGCCACCUUGUGCAAGCCUCAAAGCACAAACUAUGCUGUAGCCACUGGGAACUUCCACACAUCGGGUAGCCCACUUGGGCCCAGCAGUGGGUCCACCGGAGAAGGCUAUGGGUUGUCCCCACUACGACCACCAUCAGUCCUGCCUUCACCUGCACCCGAUGGGUCCCUCUCCUACCUGUCCCAUGGAGCCUCACAGCGAGUAGGGAUCACCUCUCCAUCUGAGAAGCGAGAAGAACCAGGGGCUGGAAUGGGCAGCUCCCUAGCAGCACCUGAACUCCCAGGUGCACAGGAUCCAGGCAUGCCCAGCCUCAGCCAGACGGAACUGGAGAAGCAACGGCAGCGACAGCGACUGCGGGAGCUGCUGAUUCGGCAGCAGAUCCAGCGUAACACCCUGAGGCAGGAGAAGGAAACAGCUGCAGCAGCUGCAGGAGCAGUGGGGCCCCCGGGCAGCUGGGGUGCUGAGCCCAACAGCCCUGCCUUUGAGCAGCUGAGUCGGGGCCAGACUCCGUUCCCUGGAACCCAGGAGAAGAGCAGCCUUGUGGGACUGUCCCAAAACAAGCUGGGUGGCCCUGUCCUGGGUGCAGGAACCUUCCCCAGUGAUGACAGACUCUCUCGGCCACCUCCAUCAGCCACUCCUUCUAUUGAUGUGAACAGCCGACAACUAGUAGGAGGCUCCCAGGCCUUCUAUCAGCGAACACCCUAUCCUGGGUCCCUGCCCUUACAACAACAACAACAGCAGCAGCAGUUGUGGCAGCAACAACAGCAGCAACAAUCAACAGCAGCAACCCCCAUGCGACUUGCAAUGUCCACUCGCUUUCCAUCAACUCCUGGGCCUGAGCUUGGCCGCCAAGCCCUAGGUUCUCCUUUGACAGGAAUUCCUACUCGCUUGCCUGGUCCUGGUGAGCCAGUGCCUGGUCCAGUUGGUCCUGCUCAGUUCAUUGAAUUACGGCACAAUGUGCAGAAAGGACUAGGACCUGGAGGGCCUCCAUUCCCUGGUCAGGGACCCCCACAGAGACCUCGUUUUUACUCUGUAAGUGAGGAUCCUCACCGAUUAGCCCCUGAAGGACUUCGAGGCCUGGCAGUAUCAGGACUUCCGCCACAGAAACCCUCAGCCCCACCAGCCAAUGAAUUAAACAAUAACCUCCAUCCAGCACCUCACACCAAGGGUCCCACUAUGUCCACUGGCUUAGAACUGGCCACCCGGCCCCCUUCAAGCACUGAACUUAGCCGUCCCACUCCCUUGGCCCUGGAAGCUGGAAAGCUGCCUUGUGAGGAUUCUGAGCUGGAUGAUGACUUUGAUGCUCACAAGGCCCUGGAAGAUGAUGAGGAGCUUGCUCACCUGGGCUUGGGUGUGGAUGUGGCCAAGGGUGAUGAUGAGCUGGGGACUCUGGAAAACCUGGAAACUAAUGACCCUCACCUAGAUGACCUACUCAAUGGAGAUGAAUUUGACCUACUGGCCUAUACUGAUCCUGAGCUGGACACUGGAGACAAGAAGGACAUUUUCAACGAACAUCUAAGACUGGUUGAGUCAGCCAAUGAGAAAGCUGAGCGAGAGGCCUUGCUGCGGGGAGUGGAGCAAGGACCCUUGGGCUCUGAGGAGCGUCCUGCCCCCGCCCCUGCCCCCGCCCCUGCUUCUGAUGCCUCUGAGCCGCACCUGGCACCAGUACUUCCUGAAAUAAAAACCAAGGUGGAGGAAAGUGGACGCCACCCUUCCCCUUGCCAGUUUACCAUUACCACCCCCAAGGUAGAGCCAACACCUGUCACCACUUCGCUGAGCCUGGGGCUGAAACCAGGACAGAAUGUGAUAGGCCGGGAAACACGGGUGGGCACAGGGCCCUUUUCCAGCAGUGGGCAUACAGGUGAAAAAGGUCCCUUUGGGGCCACAGGAGGACCAUCAGCUCACCUGCUGACUUCUAGCCCAUUGAGUGGCCCAGGAGGCUCUUCGCUAUUGGAAAAAUUUGAACUGGAAAGUGUGGCCUUGCCUGGUGGACACACAGCAUCUGGGGAUGAGUUGGACAAGAUGGAGAGUUCCCUGGUGGCUAGUGAGUUGCCUUUACUCAUUGAGGAUCUUUUGGAGCAUGAAAAGAAGGAGCUACAGAAGAAGCAGCAGCUUUCAGCACAGCUACAGCCUGCCCAGCAGCAACAACAGCAGCAUUCUCUACUGUCCACGUCAGGUUCUACCCAAGCCAUGCCUUUGCCACACGAGGGCUCUUCUAGUUUGACUGGGCCCCAACAGCAGCUUACCUUGGGUCUUGGAGGUGUGCGACCACCAGGCUUGGCUCAACCACUGAUGCCCACCCAGCCACCACCUCAUGCCCUCCAACAGCGCCUGGCCCCACCCAUGGCCAUGGUGUCCAACCAAGGGCAUGUGCUAAGUGGACAGCAUGGAGGGCAAACUGGAUUGAUAUCCCAGCAGAGCCCACAGCCAAUGAUGGCACAGAAGCCCAUGGGCACUAUGCCACCUUCCAUGUGCAUGAAGCCCCAGCAGCUGCCAAUACAGCAGCAGCUGGCGAACAGCUUCUUCCCAGAUACAGAUCUGGACAAAUUUGCUGCAGAAGAUAUUAUUGAUCCUAUUGCAAAGGCCAAGAUGGUAGCCUUGAAAGGAAUCAAGAAAGUUAUGGCUCAGGGCACUAUUGGGGUGGCACCUGGUAUGAACAGGCAGCAAGUGUCACUGCUAGCCCAGCGGCUCUCAGGGGCGCCUGGCAAUGAUCUGCAGAACCAUGUGGCAGCUGGGAAUGGCCAGGACCGGAGUGCCAGUGACCCCUCCCAGCCUCGUCCCAACCCACCCACUUUUGCUCAGGGGGUCAUAAAUGAGGCUGACCAGCGGCAGUAUGAGGAAUGGCUGUUCCACACCCAACAACUCCUACAGAUGCAGCUAAAGGUGCUAGAGGAGCAGAUUGGUGUGCACCGAAAGUCCCGGAAGGCACUGUGUGCCAAGCAGCGCACUGCCAAAAAGGCUGGCCGAGAGUUUCCAGAGGCUGAUGCUGAGAAGCUUAAGCUGGUCACAGAACAGCAGAGCAAGAUCCAGAAACAGCUGGAUCAGGUCCGAAAACAACAGAAAGAACACACUAAUCUCAUGGCAGAAUAUCGGAAUAAGCAGCAGCAACAGCAACAACAACAACAACAGCACUCAGCUGUGCUGGCCCUCAGCCCUUCCCAGAGUCCCCGACUACUCACUAAGCUCCCUGGUCAACUCCUCCCAGGCCAUGGGCUGCAGCCACCUCAGGGACCCCUCGGUGGGCAAGCUGGAGGUCUUCGCCUGCCUCCUGGGGGCAUGGCACUGCCUGGACAACCAGGUGGUCCCUUCCUCAACACAGCCCUGGCCCAACAGCAGCAACAGCAACAUUCUAGUGGGGCUGGGGCCCUGCCUGGUCCCUCUGGUGGUUUCAUGCCUGGCAACUUUGCUCUUCGGGGCCUGGGACCUGAUUCAAGACUUUUGCAGGAAAGGCAGCUGCAGCUUCAGCAGCAGCGCAUGCAGCUAGCCCAGAAACUGCAGCAGCAGCAGCAGCAGCAGCAACAGCAACAGCAACAGCAGCAACAGCACCUUCUAGGACAGGUGGCGGUCCAGCAGCAACAGCAGCAGGGCCCAGGGGUGCAGGCAAACCAGCCCAUGGGUCCCAAACCCCAGGCACUUCUGCCUCCCAACAGCCAUCAGGGCCUCCUGGUCCAACAGCUGUCCCCCCAACCACCUCAGGGGCCCCAGGGCAUGAUGGGCCCUGCCCAGGUAGCAGUGUUGCAGCAGCAACACCAGCAGCACCCUGGAGCUAUGGGCCCCCAAGGCUCUCACAGACAGGUACUUCUGACCCAGCCUCGCGUGCUAAGCUCCCCCCAGCUGGCACAGCAGGGGCAGGGCCUUAUGGGACACCGGCUAGUCACAUCCCAGCAGCAGCAACAGCAGCACCAACAGCAGGGAUCCAUGGCAGGACUCACCCACCUUCAGCAGGGUUUGAUGCCACAUAGUGGACAGUCCAAACUGAAUACACAGCCCAUGGGCUCCUUACAGCAGCAGCAGCUUCAGCAGCACCCAUUUCAACAACAGCUACAGCAACAGCUUCAGCAGCAGCAGCUACAACAGCAACAGCAGCAGCUGCAACAACAACAACAGCUACAACAGCAGCAGCUGCAGCAGCAACAGUUACAGCAGCAGCAACAGUUACAACAGCAGCAGCAGUUACAGCAGCAGCAACAGUUACAGCAGCAGCUACAGCAGCAACAGUUUCAACAGCAGCAGCAGCAAAUGGGCCUUUUGAACCAGAACAGAACUUUACUGUCUCCUCAGCAGCAGCAGCAACAGGUGACACUAGGUCCUGGCAUGCCAGCCAAGCCUCUUCAACACUUUUCUAGCCCUGGAGCUCUGGGCCCAUCUGUCCUCCUGACGGGCAAAGAACAAGGCGUUGCAGAGACAGCUCUUCCUCCAGAGGUCACUGAGGGUCCCUCCACACAUCAGGGAGGCCCAAUAGCAAUCGGGACUACACCUGAAUCAAUGGCCACUGAGCCAGGGGAGGUAAAGCCCUCACUCUCUGGGGACUCACAGCUCCUGCUUGUCCAACCCCAGGCCCAGCCUCAGCCCAAUUCCCUGCAGCUACAGCCACCUUUGAGGCUCCCAGGACAGCAGCAGCAGCAGCAGCAGCAGCAAGUUAACUUGCUUCACACAGCAGGUGGGGGAAGCCAUGGGCAGCUAGGCAGUGGAUCAUCUGAAGCCACAUCUGUGCCCCACCUGCUGCCCCAACCCUCUGUUUCCUUAGGGGAGCAGCCUGGUCCCAUGACGCAGAACCUUCUGGGUCCCCAGCACCCCCUUGGGCUAGAGCGGCCCAUGCAAAGUAAUAUAGGGCCACAAAAUCCAAAACCAGGAUCUGUCUCCCAAUCUGGACAGGGCUUGCCUGGGGCUGGCGUCAUGCCUACAGUGGGUCAACUUAGAGCACAGCUUCAAGGAGUCCUGGCCAAAAACCCACAGCUGCGGCACUUGAGUCCUCAGCAGCAACAACAGCUACAGGCACUUCUCAUGCAGCGGCAACUGCAGCAGAGUCAGGCAAUUCGCCAGACUCCACCCUACCAGGAGCCUGGGACCCAGCCAUCUCCCCUCCAGGGCCUCCUAGGCCGCCAACCUCAACUUGGUAGCUUCCCUGGAUCCCAAACAGUCCCUCUCCAGGAGCAGCUGGGGACAGGGCCUCGAACUCAAGGCACACCCCGGCUCCCUGGUCCACAAGGAGCCUUAUCAGUAGGACCAGUCCUUGCCCCUGUCCAUCCCACACCCCCACCAUCCAGUCCCCAAGAGCCAAAGAGACCAUCCCCACAAUUACCUUCUCCCAGUCCCCACCUACCCUCCGAGGUCCAGCUCACUCCUACCCAACCAGGGACUCCAAAGCCCCAGGCACCACCUUUAGAACUGCCUUCUGGGAGGGUCUCGCCUGCAACUGCCCAGCUUGCGGACACCUUCUUUGGCAAGGGUCUGGGACCCUGGGAUCCCCCUGACAACCUAGCAGAAGCUCAGAAGUCAGAGGAUAGCAGCUUGGUACCUGGGCAUCUGGAGAAGGUGAAUGGGCAGACGAUACCUGAGCCACCCCAUCUCAGCAUCAAACAGGAGCCUCGGGAAGAACCAUGUGCCCUGGGGGCUCAGGCAGUGAAAAGGGAGGCCAAUGGGGAGCCACUAGGGGCACCAGGUACCAGCAACCACCUCCUGCUGGCAGGCCCCCGCUCAGAGGCCGGACAUCUGCUCUUGCAGAAGCUUCUACGGGCAAAGAAUGUGCAGCUUAGCACUGGGCGGGGGCCCGAGGGGCUGCGAGCCGAGAUCAACGGGCACAUUGACAGCAAGUUGGCUGGGCUGGAGCAGAAACUACAGGGUACCCCCAGCAACAAGGAGGAUGCAGCAGCAAGGAAGCCAUUGACCCCGAAGCCCAAGCGGGUACAGAAGGCAAGCGACAGGUUGGUGAGCUCCCGAAAGAAGCUGCGGAAGGAGGACGGGGUCAGGGCCAGCGAGGCCUUGCUGAAACAGCUGAAACAGGAGCUGUCCCUGCUGCCCCUAACUGAGCCUAUGAUCACCGCCAAUUUUAACCUUUUUGCCCCCUUUGGCAGUGGCUGUCCCAUUAGUGGGCAGAGCCAACUGAGGGGGGCCUUUGGAAGUGGGGCACUGUCCACUGGCCCUGACUACUAUGCUCAGCUGCUUACCAAGAAUAACCUGAGUAACCCGCCGACACCACCCUCGUCGCUGCCCCCCACCCCACCCCCAUCGGUGCAGCAGAAGAUGGUGAAUGGUGUCACCCCAUCUGAAGAAUUGGGGGAGCACCCCAAGGAUGCCACCUCUGCCCGGGAGACUGAAGGAGCUUUAAGGGAUGCUUCAGAGGUGAAGAGUUUAGACCUGCUGGCUGCCCUGCCUACACCACCUCACAAUCAGACUGAGGAUGUCAGGAUGGAGAGUGAUGAAGACAGUGAUUCUCCUGACAGUAUUGUGCCAGCUUCAUCCCCUGAGAGCAUCCUAGGGGAGGAGGCACCUCGUUUCCCUCAACUGGGCUCAUGCCAGUGGGAGCAGGAUGACCGCGCCCUAUCCCCAGUCAUCCCCAUCAUUCCUCGGGCCAGCAUCCCAGUCUUCCCAGAAAUGAAACCUUUUGGGACCCUGGACCUAGAGGCCCAAGGGAAGCUGCCUACAACAACUUGGGAAAAGGGCAAAGGAAGUGAGGUGUCAGUCAUGCUGACAGUGUCUGCUGCUGCAGCCAAGAACCUGAACGGUGUGAUGGUGGCAGUGGCAGAGCUGCUAAGCAUGAAGAUUCCUAACUCAUAUGAAGUGCUCUUCCCAGAGAGCCCUGCACGGACUGGCAUUGAGCCUAAGAAGGGGGAAGCUGAGGGCCCUGGUGGGAAAGAGAAAGUUGUGGGAAGCAAGAACCCAGAAGCUGGCCCUGAUUGGCUAAAACAGUUUGAUGCAGUCCUCCCUGGCUAUACCCUCAAGAGCCAGUUAGACAUCUUGAGCCUCCUAAAACAGGAGAGCUCUGCCCCAGAGCCAUCCACCCAGCACAGCUACACUUACAGUGUCUCCAAUCUGGACGUGCGACAGCUCUCAGCCCCACCUCCUGAAGAACCUUCUCCACCUCCCUCCCCCUUAGCCCCCUCUCCUGCCAGCCCCCCUGCUGAAUCCCUGGUUGAACUCCCGGCCGAACCCUCGGCUGAGCCACCAGUCCCUUCUCCUCUGCCACUGGCUUCAUCCCCUGAGUCAGCCCGGCCCAAGUCCCGAGCCCGGCCCUCAGAGGAAGGGGAGGAUUCAUGCCCCCCUCACCUCAAAAAAUGGAAAGGGGUACGCUGGAAACGGCUGCGGCUGCUGUUGACCAUCCAAAAGGCCAGUGGGCGGGAGGAAGAUGAGCGGGAAGUUGCAGAGUUCAUGGAGCAGCUUGGCACAGCCCUUCGACCUGACAAGGUGCCUCGAGACAUGCGUCGUUGCUGCUUCUGUCAUGAGGAAGGGGAUGGGGCCACUGAUGGGCCUGCCCGUCUGCUGAACCUGGACCUAGACCUGUGGGUGCACCUCAACUGUGCCUUGUGGUCCACAGAGGUGUAUGAAACCCAGGGUGGGGCACUAAUGAACGUGGAGGUUGCUCUGCACCGUGGACUGCUAACCAAGUGUUCCCUGUGCCAGCGUACUGGUGCCACCAGCAGCUGCAAUCGCAUGCGUUGCCCUAACGUCUACCAUUUUGCCUGCGCCAUCCGCGCCAAGUGCAUGUUCUUCAAGGACAAGACCAUGCUGUGCCCAAUGCAUAAGAUCAAAGGGCCUUGUGAACAGGAGCUGAGCUCUUUUGCUGUCUUCCGACGGGUCUAUACUGAACGGGACGAAGUGAAGCAAAUUGCUAGUAUCAUCCAGCGGGGAGAGCGAUUGCACAUGUUCCGUGUGGGUGGCCUUGUGUUCCAUGCCAUUGGACAGCUGCUCCCUCACCAGAUGGCUGACUUCCAUAGUGCCACAGCCCUCUAUCCUGUGGGCUACGAGGCCACUCGCAUCUACUGGAGCCUCCGCACCAACAACCGGCGUUGCUGCUAUCGCUGCUCCAUCGGCGAGAACAAUGGGCGACCAGAAUUUGUAAUCAAAGUCAUGGAGCAGGGCUUGGAGGACCUGGUGUUCACUGACGCCUCCCCCCAGGCUGUGUGGAAUCGCAUCAUUGAGCCUGUAGCUGCCAUGAGAAAAGAGGCUGACAUGCUGCGGCUCUUCCCUGAGUACCUGAAAGGAGAAGAGCUCUUCGGGCUGACGGUGCAUGCGGUGCUUCGCAUAGCUGAAUCACUGCCUGGUGUGGAGAACUGUCAAAACUAUUUAUUCCGCUAUGGUCGUCACCCUCUGAUGGAGCUACCACUCAUGAUCAACCCCACAGGCUGUGCCCGAUCAGAACCUAAAAUUCUCACACACUACAAACGGCCUCACACCCUGAACAGCACCAGCAUGUCCAAGGCCUAUCAGAGCACCUUCACAGGCGAGACCAACACCCCCUACAGCAAGCAGUUUGAUCUAGAAAAGCACACAAUGGUCAUCGAGUACAUUGGCACCAUCAUUCGCAAUGAGGUGGCCAACCGGCGGGAGAAAAUCUAUGAAGAGCAGAAUCGAGGCAUCUACAUGUUCCGGAUAAACAAUGAACAUGUGAUUGAUGCUACGUUGACUGGAGGCCCUGCCAGGUAUAUUAACCAUUCCUGUGCCCCUAACUGUGUGGCAGAAGUUGUGACUUUUGAUAAGGAGGACAAAAUCAUCAUCAUCUCCAGCCGUUAG